UGAUUCAGAACUCUCUCUCUCUCUCUCUCUCUCUCUCUAAGAGAGAGAUGGGAAUGGUUGAGAACGGAGGAAUGGCGUGCAAGUGCGUGGAAUGGAAGAGCUUGUUUAGUCUCCGGCAAGUAUCUUCCCGGAAGCUGAGAUUCCCCCUGAAUUUCAGGAACUUCUCCAGAUUUCCUCUCUCAAAAUGGGAGCCAUCUCUCUGGAGAUCCUUCGCCGGCAGCCACUGCAUUUUCAGCAUGGAUGCUCGAGAGAAUUCACGGUCAACAUUUUUGAUAUCAUCGAAACAUAAAAGGGUCCCGAUUUUUGUCAUGAUGCCUAUUGAUUCAUUUGACAUUGAUACUUCAGGGACUCCGAAAGUCAAGAAAAUCAAGGCCUUAACUGUAUCUGUAAAAGCACUCAAGUUGGCAGGUGUCCAUGGCAUUGCAGUUGAGAUCUGGUGGGGGAUCGUCGAGCGUUCUUCUCCUUUUGCAUAUAAUUGGUCUCUUUAUGAAGAGAUUUUCAAGUUGAUAUCUGAAUCAGGGUUAAAGUUGCAUGUUGCGUUGUCUUUUCACUCAAACAUGCACUUAUCCUCAGGAGGGCGAGGAAGUAUCAGUCUUCCUCUGUGGAUCUUAGAGAUUGGUCGUCACAAUAAGGAUAUAUAUUAUCAUGACCAUAAUGGGGCGUCAAAUGAUGAUUGCCUUACGUUAGGGGUGGACCAACAUCCUUUAUUUUGUGGCCGGACUGCCCUCCAAUGCUAUGAGGACUUUAUUAUCAGUUUUGUCAGCAACUUUGAGGCACUUAUGGGAUCUGUAAUCGAAGAAAUGAGUGUUGGUCUUGGACCUUGUGGGGAACUUAGGUACCCUGCACAUCCCAUUGGUGAUUGUAGAUGGAGAUUCCCUGGAAUUGGUGAAUUCCAAUGUUAUGACAAAUAUAUGAUGGAAGACUUGAAGAUGGCUGCUUGCCAAGAAGGGAAGCCUCAGUGGGGAAAAACUGGCCCACAAAAUGCCGGCUGCUAUAAUAGUUUUCCAUCUGGGGUUCCUUUCUUUGAAGAGGGACAGGAGAGCUUUCUAUCUGAUUACGGCCAUUUCUUUCUGGAAUGGUACAGUAGUAAGCUGAUUCAUCAUGCAGAUGCUAUUCUUGCGAAGGCAGCAAAAAUAUUGAAGAAAUAUCAAGAAAAUAAACAAAAUUCAGUUUUGUUAGUGGCAAAGAUUGGCAUUAUAUAUUGGUGGUACCAUACUGUAUCACACCCUGCUGAACUUACUGCUGGUUACUACAACACUGCUGCUAGGGAUGGCUAUGAUACUCUGGCUUCAGUAUUGUCUCGUCAUGGAGCUGCUUUGCAAAUUUCCUGCUUUGAGAUGAUGGACAAUGAAACCCCACAAACCUACCUUUGCAGUCCAGAAAGAUUACUCCAGCAGAUUAGGACAGUGUUGAAGAAAAGAGAAAUACAUUUAACUGGAAGAAAUUCCAAUGAGCGAUUUGACAAGAUGGAUCAAGUGGACAGCCCUAGGAGAGGAAAGGAAGUCUCAAUGAACCGACUUUUGUUGAUGUUUUGAGUCUUUGGUUGUGAAUAGUAGCUGUUAUUUCCGUGCUUCUUUUUGAGUUAGUAGUACUGUUGUAAAAAGGAAGUCACAGUGUGUAAGAGAUAAUUUGGUGUCUUUUGGGUAACGUGUGUCAAGGCAUAGUGGGUGCAAUUGGUUUAAUAGAGUGAAAUUUGUAGUAUCGGGAGUUGAUUGUAGAGGAAAUAUGAUUUUGAUUUGUUCUUUUGAUUUAGAAUUCAGAUUUUUCAACCUUUUAUUUGAGUAAGAUUUGACUAGGUUUUAUUUUUAAUAUAAUUUGUCUUUUGCAUAAGUAGGCCUUAAGUAUGUAAUGUAAUCAUUGGGAUUGAUAGAAUAAUUUAUCUUGAAUGACAAUGGAGAUUUCUUCCUGUAAAUUUCUUUGCUUCUCUUCCUCUUCUCCUACCGCUAUUCUUCUUCUUCCCGUCUAUCCUUCUUUCUUUCCCGACUUUCUCCAAUCUUUCUUUGCUGUCCCGCAUUAGAUUGAAAGUCAACUUAGCCAUUAACUAUUUGUUGUUUGGACAUGGCCAAUUGACUGUCUAGUUGACUUUGGAGACCUAGAAAACCUGGAAGGUUGACUGUGGGAUAGAAAAGUCAACCGUGAGUCAACUACCAAGACCAAAGGCCAAAGUAUCAUGACUGAAGGAUUGACUGACGGGAGCAGUAUGCAAUCUACCUCAGUUCAUAAGAGGAAAAGUUGAAUUGAGGAGUUAAUUGCGGAGACUAGGAAUUGGGCUACUUCAACUGACCAAAAUGAAGUUGGUCAAACUAUCUCAAUACAAACUAGGUAGAGUUGACUGUGGGGGUCCAUUGAAGCUCUGAUAUUUCACACAUCUAAUGGAUUUCAUGCACAUGCCCACCCCAACUAGAGAAGUAUUGGCCUAUUGGAGUUGCAGAGGCCUUAGUGGGUAAAUAAUGACCGUAGCACAAAUAAACCCAAAAGGGCAUUUGUCUGGAGAUGGCGUGUUAAAAGAUGAUUUGGGUAGUUCAAAAAUUCUACACAACAACAACAUAUUCAGCAUUUAUCCCAUUAUGUGGGGUCAGCUACAUGAAUUCUGGACUUCUAUGUGGCUUACGCCCCAAUGAAUAGUUUGUCUAGAAUUCAUAUUUGGGUAGUUCAAAAGGUCUAAAUGGAAAAAAUCCUAGCUGUGAUACUAAGGGUUCCUAACACACCCUAUUUCAUGGCAUGGGUCUUGAUGGAAGCUGGACAUGCCAUAUGUCGUAGGUUGAUUGACAGGUUGAGGAUCUGUGGAUCCCAAUUAUGCUAUAACACGAUGUGAUGACCCUGGUAGGACGUGUAUGCACUGGGAAAGUGAACUUUAUGAUUGUCUACGUAGGGAUGCAGUGGUGAUGUCUGAGGUGCAGGUGGGGAGCCACAUAUGUACUCCACGCUGGUCAAUGUUUGUCUGAUAGCUGUUUUUUAUUGGCAAAAAUUUAUCAUCC